CACGUCGGCGGCGGCACCUGGAGCCGGAUGUGCCAAGAUGGCUGCGGCUGCUGCUGGGAACGCGCUAGUUCCUCCUAUUGCCGCCGCCGUCGCCGGCUGGGUUUCAGUUCGCGGCUCCUGAGAAGCCAACCGCAGCUGAGCGGCACAAAUUAAAGAAAAGCUCUACCCUGCCUCCUUUCUAAGCAGCAUCUCCUUGCGCAAAAGACUCCGACAUGCAGCCACCGCCUCAGGCAGUCCCGCCUGCUGCGGCUGGACCACCCCCAGCUGGGAAUCCUCGGAGCAUGUUCUGGGCCAACAGCCCUUACAGGAAGCCAGCCAGUAAUAAUGCACCAGUGGCUCCCAUAACACGUCCACUACAGCCAGUAACGGAUCCGUUUGCUUUUAAUAGACAGACUCUUCAAAACACACCAGUGGGAAAUUCAUCCAAAAGCAGCCUGCCCAAUUUGCCUGGCCCAGCCCUCCCUGUUUUAUCUCAGUGGCCUGGUUUGCCUGUGCCGCCCACAAAUGCUGGGGAUAGCCCCACAAGUCUGCAUGAGCCUCAGUCGGGCGCUCUGUCACAGCCUAGAGCAGAUAGCAGUCUAUUUCCUCCUGCACCUGCCCCUUCUUCACUGCCUGGGCUGCAGGUGAGCAGGAGUGCUGAGGGUGAUCCCAGCUCAGGACCUGACGUCCAGAUGCUGCCACAUCCACCUCACUACAUUCCAGGAGUGGGUCCUGAGCAGCCUCACGGGGGCUAUCUGAAUGAUAGUGGGUCUGGGCCUGACCAACCCAUGAAUAGGCAUGUCCCACAUGAUGGUGCUGUGGCCCACACAGCAUCUCCUUUCCUCCCUCAGCCACAGAUGCCAGGUCAGUGGGGGCCUGUACAAGGAGGCCCUCAGCCCUCCUGUCAGCAUCACUCACCCUACCUGGAGGGACCUGUUCAGAACAUGGGACCCCAGGCUGCCAGCUUGGCCCAUUUUCCCUCUCCAUCUAGUCUGCAUCAGGGACCUGGCCAUGAGUCCCAUGUCCCACACUCGUUUACUCCAGCAUCCUUGGCCAGUGGUGAAGGGAAUGAGAUCGUCCACCAGCAAAGUAAAAAUCACCCAGUGAGUAGCUUCCCCCCUAAACACACUUUUGAGCAGACUUCCAGAGUUGGGAAUAUGUGGGCAAGCCCCGAGUUGAGGCAGAAUCCAGGACUGAAUAAAGAGCAUCUGCUAGACCCUGCCCAUGUGAACCCCUUUACUCAGGGAACUAGCCCUGACAACCAGGUGCACCAUCCCCCAGUGGCUGCAACUAACCAUGCCGUGCAAGAAGCAGCCUCUGGAGCUCUCUCAAUGUUUUUUCAAGGGGAGGAGGCAGAGAACGAGGAGAAUCUCUCAUCUGAAAAAGCGGGCCUUGAUGACAGAUUGGACUUGGAUAGCUUCUCUUCUACCUCCAGACUGGGCCAUCCACCACCUGGAGCUGGUGGUGUCUACCAGGCCUUUCUUAAAGACUCUAGCAGUGAGGCUGCUCAGGAGGGAGAUACGCAACCUUAUUUUUCUCAGUCUGUGGGCAUCCGUCUUGACAAACAGACCACUAUGACCCCUGCUAAUGAUACGUGGGGUGAUAUUCCCGGUGCUGAGACCCACUGUGCUAGUGGGCCACAGUGUGAGAAUGUUGAGAACUUAGAAUUUGUUCAGAAUCAAGAAGUUUUGCCACGUGAGACCCUGAAUGUGGAUCCCUUUUCCCUGAGUGAUCAGACCCGAUAUGGGCCCCUUCCUGGGCCAGCUGCCUCCAGGCCUGUUACUGUGGGCCUCACUAGAGGUGGGGGGCUAAAUCUUGAGGCCCCUGACCUACCACUGCACCCUACACGACCUGACAGUGUGUCAUCCAGCUAUAGCAGCCAUAGCCACAGAAGUCCUCCUGGGUCAACUAGACCCCAAGAAUUGGUGGGCACAUUCAUUCAACAAGAAGUUGGAAAACUUGAAGAUGAUACUUCAGGGAGUUUUUUUAAGCAAAUUGAUUCUUCGCCUGUUGGAGGUGAAACAGAUGAGGUGACUGGUAGCCAAAAUUACUGCAGCAGUCUGUCCCAGCCUUCAACCCCAAGCCCUCCAAAACCCACAGGAGUCUUCCAGACAAGUGCAAAUAGUUCUUUUGAGCCAGUAAAAUCCCACUUGGUUGGAGUGAAACCAGUUGAAGCAGAUCGUGCCAACAUGGUGGUUGAAGUGAGAGGUACCCGGAACUGCCCGAAGAAGCGCAGGGCAGCUGUUGUGCCACCUGAUGCCACCCCAGGAAACCUGGAACAGCCACCAGACAACAUGGAGACCCUGUGUGCACCUCAGGCCUGCCCUUUGCCUCUUAGUACCACUAGUGAGGCUGGGCAACUGGUUUCACACACAGCAGGGCCACCCUUGGAUACUGUGCGUCCAGUGCCUGAUAAGAGACCCUCAGCCAGGGCCCAGGGGCCUGUGAAGUGUGAGAGUCCAGCAACAACUCUGUGGGCACAAAAUGAGCUGCCCGAUUUUGGUGGCAAUGUCCUUCUAGCCCCUGCUGCCCCUGCACUUUAUGUUCCUGUAAAACCAAAACCUUCAGAGGUUCUUCAUCAUCCGGAAAAGGGAAUGUCUGGACAGCAGUCUUGGAAACAAGGGUCUAUGCCACCUUUGCAGAACCAAGACCCUCCUGGUGCUUCUGAGAACCUUGAGAACCCUCCCAAGGUAGGAGAAGAGGAGGCCCUUCCAUUGCAGGCAAGUUCUAAUUAUGCAAGUUUGCUGUCCUCACCACCCACUGAAUCUUUGCACAAUCAACCUGUCCUGAUUGCCCAGCCUGAUCAAAGCUAUAAUUUGGCUCAGCCCAUUAAUUUUUCUGUGUCCUUACUGAAUCCUAAUGAGAAGAAUCAGUCCUGGGGUGAUGCUGUGGUGGGGGAGAAAUCCAGAGUGAGCAACACUCGGGCUCUCAGUGGUGAUCCUGAAGAACAUGCUGCUUUGUCUGGAGUUCCAGCCAGUGCUGUCUCUGGCUCAUCUUUGCCUAGCAGCAUCACCCAGAAUUCUGCCCCUCGGGGUUCUGGGUCUUCUGAAAUGAUUGCUAGCCAGCCUGCCAGUUGGUUGGUUCAACAGCUAUCCCCUCACAUUCCUCAAAGUCAGCAUCCUAAUGCAGAAAAGGGUCCUUCUGAGUUUGUUAAUAGCCCUCCUGGAAAUACAAAUGUGAUGCUAGUUCCACCUGCAAACAGUACUUUGGUACCUAAUAGUAAUAAGGCAAAUCACUCUGGUAACCAGGAAGAAGCUGUUGGCGCCCUAGACUUCACAUUAAAUAGAACUUUGGAAAAUCCUGUGAGAAUAUGUAGCCCAUCUCAUUCAGAUGGCCCAGCUUCUCAGCAGUCUCUUGCCAAUCAUGCCAGACAAUCUGAGCCUGGGCUGCGUAACCAGGAUCAUUUCUACCAGCAGGUAACAAAAGAUGCUCAGGACCAGUAUAGACUAGAAAGAGCCCAGCCAGAGCUGGUGCCUCCUCGCCCACAAAAUUCUCCCCAACAAGUGCCCCAAGCAGCGUGUCCAGAGCCUUCAAAUCCAGAAAGCCCACCCACACAAGGACAGUCUGAAAGCUUGGCCCAGCCACCAGCAAGUCCAGCUCCAGUCAACCCAGGCCAGCUGCCACCUCGGCCACCACAGUCUUCCAGCGCAUCAGUUACAUCUACUAACUCCAGCCAGGCAGCUGUGCGGUCAGAGCAGCCGUGGCUACACCCACCACCUCCCAGUACUUUUGGCCCAGCACCUCAAGACUUGGCUUCCUACUACUAUUACAGACCCCUGUAUGAUGCCUACCAGUCUCAGUACCCUUCACCAUACCCAUCAGAUCCUGGGACAGCUUCCCUAUACUAUCAGGAUAUGUAUGGCCUGUAUGAGCCUCGUUACAGACCCUAUGACAGCAGCUCAGCAUCUGCUUAUGCCGAGAACCACCGCUACUCUGAGCCUGAGCGGCCCAGCUCCCGUGCAAGUCACUAUUCUGACCAGCUCACUCCCAGGCAAGGAUAUCCUGAAGGAUACUAUAAUUCCAAGAGUGGAUGGAGCAGUCACAGUGAUUACUAUGCAAAUUAUUACUCUGGCCAAUAUGAUUAUGGAGACCCCAGCCGCUGGGACCGUUACUAUGGGUCUCGCUUUAGGGACCCUCGUUCCUGGGACCGGAGGUACUGGUAUGACUCUGACCCUGAGCCAUACAGGAAGGACCACUAUGCCUACAGUGACAGGCCUGAGAAAUGUGAUGAUCACUGGAGGUACGACCCUCGCUUCACUGGGAGCUUCGAUGACGACACUGACCUCCACAGGGACCCCUAUGGAGAAGAAGCAGACAGACGCAGCAUCCACAGCGAGCACUCGGCCCGGAGCCUGCGCAGUACUCACAGCCUGCCCAGCCGCCGCAGCAGCCUCAGCUCCCACUCACACCAGAGUCAGAUGUACAGAAGCCACCAUGUAACUGGCGGAUCCUUUGAGGGCCCUCAUGCUCCAGGCUCAUUUCAUGGUGAUUAUGCCUAUGGCACAUAUGCCAGCAAUUUCAGCGGUGCCCAUGGCUUUCCAGAGUACAGCUACCCUGCAGACAGCUCCUGGCCUGCGGUGGAGCAAGUUCCAUCAAGACCAACCUCUCCUGAGAAGUUUACGGUGCCUCAUGUCUGUGCCAGGUUUGGUCCUGGUGGUCAGCUCCUUAAAGUGAUUCCCAACCUGCCUUCAGAAGGUCAGCCUGCACUGGUGGAGAUCCACAGCUUAGAGACCUUGCUGCAGCACACACCUGAACAGGAAGAGAUGCGUUCCUUCCCAGGACCUCUCGGCAAAGAUGAUACCCACAAAGUAGACGUUAUUAACUUCGCACAGAACAAAGCGACAAAAUGUUUGCAGAAUGAAAGUUUAAUUGACAAAGAGUCUGCAAGUCUUCUUUGGAACUUCAUUAUUCUGUUAUGCAGACAGAAUGGGACUGUUGUGGGAACAGACAUUGCAGAGCUUUUGUUACGGGACCAUAGAACUGUGUGGCUUCCUGGGAAGUCACCCAAUGAAGCAAACCUGAUAGAUUUUACCAACGAGGCUGUGGAACAAGUGGAAGAGGAGGAGUCAGGGGAGGCCCAGCUCUCAUUUCUCACAGACAGUCAGACAGUGACCACCAGCGUGCUGGAGAAGGAGACUGAGCGGUUCCGUGAGCUCUUGCUGUACGGCCGGAAGAAGGAUGCUCUGGAGUCUGCCAUGAAAAAUGGCUUAUGGGGUCAUGCUCUGCUGCUUGCAAGUAAGAUGGACAGCCGGACACAUGCCCGUGUCAUGACCAGGUUUGCCAACAGUCUUCCAAUCAAUGACCCUCUGCAGACUGUCUACCAGCUCAUGUCUGGACGGAUGCCUGCUGCUUCCACGUGUUGUGGAGAUGAGAAAUGGGGAGAUUGGAGGCCACAUCUUGCAAUGGUUUUGUCCAACCUGAACAACAACAUGGAUGUUGAAUCUAGGACCAUGGCUACGAUGGGCGAUACACUAGCAUCAAAAGGCCUGCUGGAUGCUGCACACUUCUGCUACCUGAUGGCCCAGGUUGGAUUUGGGGUUUAUACAAAGAAAACUACAAAGCUUGUCUUGAUAGGCUCGAAUCACAGUUUGCCAUUUUUAAAGUUUGCCACCAAUGAAGCCAUUCAAAGGACGGAAGCUUAUGAGUAUGCUCAGUCCCUUGGGGCGCAGACCUGUUCUGUACCUAACUUCCAGGUGUUUAAAUUCAUCUACUUGUGCCGCCUGGCUGAAAUGGGACUCGCCACACAGGCCUUCCAUUACUGCGAAGUAAUCGCCAAGAGUGUCCUGACACAGCCUGGUGCAUACUCUCCUGUACUGAUUAGCCAGUUGACUCAGAUGGCUUCCCAGUUACGCCUCUUCGAUCCUCAACUGAAGGAGAAACCAGAGGAGGAGUCCUUUGUGGAGCCUGCCUGGUUGGUGCAGCUGCGGCACGUGGAGAGGCAGAUUCAGGAGGGCACUGUGCUGUGGAGCCAGGACGGAACAGAACCCCAGCAGUGUCACGUCACAUCGGGCUCUGAGGUGGAGCAGUCAGAUGGCCCUGGACUCAACCAGCAGGCAGGGCCAAGGGCCGACAACCCUCUACUGAUGCCCAGCGCUGAGCCUUUGAUGCAUGGCGUGCAGCUGCUGCCUACAGCUCCUCAGACACUGCCUGAUGGCCAGCCUGCUCAUCUCGCCAGGGUGCCCAUGUUCCCAGUGCCAAUGUCUCAUGGCCCCCUGGAGCUGAGUCCUGCCUAUGGACCCCCAGGAUCUGCACUUGGCUUCCCAGAAUCCUCCAGAUCUGAUCCUGCAGUGCUGCAUCCUGGGCGGGCCCUGCCACCCACUACACCAGGUCUCCAGGAAAGUGGGCCUCCACUGCAGGAGGCCAGAAGCCCAGACCCAGCAGAAAUGGUGCCACAGGGCUCACCUGUCAGACACUCCCCUCCAGAGCUCAGUGAAGAGGAGUUUGGCGAGAACCUCGCUGAUCUGGGCUCCUCCAGAACAGCACAGGACUUGGAGACCUCCCCAGUGUGGGAUCUCAGCAGCUCCAGUCUGACACAGCCGCCGUCUCUGACAUCUGAUUCUGAAGGGAAGAAACCUGCACAAGUUGUCAAAAAGGAGCCCAAGGAGCCCAAGAAGACAGAGUCCUGGUUCUCUCGUUGGCUGCCUGGGAAGAAAAGGACAGAAGCUUAUCUACCAGAUGACAAGAACAAAUCAAUUGUUUGGGAUGAAAAGAAGAACCAGUGGGUGAAUUUGAACGAACCAGAGGAGGAGAAGAAGGCUCCACCCCCACCGCCAACAUCGUUCCCCAGGGUUCCCCAGGUGGCUCCCACUGGGCCUGCAGGACCACCCACAGCCUCCGUGAAUGUGUUUUCUAGAAAAGCAGGGGGGUCCAGAGCUCGCUAUGUGGAUGUUCUGAACCCCAGUGGAACACAGCGGAGUGAACCAGCUCUUGCUCCUGCAGAUUUCUUUGCUCCUCUUGCCCCACUGCCAAUCCCUUCAAACUUAUUUGUACCAAACCCAGAUGCAGAAGAGCCACAGUCUGCAGAUGGGACUGGCUGUAGGGGACAGGCACCAGCUGGGACUCAGUCUAAGGCAGAGCCCACCCUGGAACCCAAGGUGGUAAGUUCUACAGAAUCAGUCCCUGGACCUGAACUCUUACCCUCCAAACCAGAUGGCGCCCAGGGAGGAGAGCUCUCGCGCUGUAGCUCUCUGAGCUCGCUCUCACAGGAAGUGAGCCGGCAUUUCCAUCAGGCUCCUGGAGACCACUAUCCUGCAGGGCUCCCUCCUGGUGGGUCUGUGCCCUUCUACAACCCUGCUCAGCUGGUGCAGGCCUCUGUCACCUCGGGGAAUUCAAGGCCAGGGAGAAUUGGCCAAAGAAAAUAUGCGGCAUUGAACUAGGAUUGCUGCUGGAUUCUUACUUGGAACCCUGAGAUGACUAGAUAUCUGUUCUUCACCAAGAACCAAACUAGCUGCCUCAGGUCUCGUGGAUCCCAGACGGACAUGGCAGUAACUCAGAGCCGGCCAUACUGUGUGUCUCCUUCCUUGCAGCCUAUGUAUAUGAAUUAUUGAAAAAUUGAUUUCAAGGUUCCUUUCAGAUGCUGGAUAGAAUGAAUCUAAUUCAAAGUCUUUUAUGUAAAAGAACAAUGUCUCUUUUUUAGUCACUUUAGACAAAUUAAGGUUUGAGUCACUUGAGAACACCCCUGAAGAGAAGCUAGACAGGGCUUCACAGAGGAGAGCACAGUUUCCUGAGAAGUGGUGCACACCAGCCAGGCCUCCUUAGUGCUGAGAGAAGAGUGGCUGCUUGCUUGCCUGGAGAGGACUGACUGCUGGGAUGUCUGGCCCGAGAGGAGCCCCAAGCUGCCCUGUCCUGUGAACCAUGGCGGGGACCUGGCAGCUCCUGAAAGGCUCACCAGAUGGGCCGCUCACAGGCUGGGGAGGAAGUGGUUACAAGGGCAUGUAUCUCCAGGAGUUUCCAGCCUCACUCCAUUUCUGUGGCCUGAUUAGUGCUGGGUGCAUUUUCCUGCUCAGAGCUUUUGCUCACGGCCCAGUCUCUGGGGAGAGUCCCAGGGAGCUGAUGUUCUGGAGCUGCUGAUCUGAUUGAGCAGGUCAGAAACUGGCUGCGUGCUGCACCUACUGCCUCCUAGCCCAGGGGGCUGUAUGGAGCCCUCUAGCUGACCCAGUGUCACCUGCACUUGCAGACAGCACUGAGAGACUUGGUGGGGUCUUGGAGUGGCUGUCCUAGCACAUACUCUGGAACUUUGCAUCUCUACCCCAAAGCCCACCGGGGACCUUCAGCAGCUACUCUCUGACUCGUCCACAUCACUUCAAGGAGCUGCCGCCCACCUGCCCGCCUGCCGGCCCGCAGGCCCGCCACAUUCAGACUCAGCUUUAAGGCUUCACUGACUUCCUAAACCUAAAAGAGGAGGGAAAAGAGAUUUAAAAUAUUUAUAAAAAUCAGCAGGUAGAAAACAUAAAUGGUUUGAUUGGUAUUAAAUCUAGAAAUUGUAGAACAUGGAAUUAGUACAGCUCUUCCUGGUUUUCUGGUUCCCUGCAUCAUCGAGGAAAGACUCACAGAAUGGCUUCCAGAACGUUCCAUAGAUGAGUGUGCUUGGACCCUCCUGUUCCUGUCAUUAAGAAAGGCCUGCCCCUAUGGGUCAGUAGCAACUUGUGUCCUUGCUGGGACCAGGCAGGACCCUUGCCUUUGGUGCAACCCUGCCCAGGCUCUGUGUUGACUGCCAACCAACCACUUUUGAUUCAAGAAGCUUCUUCCCUGGGAGCUGCUAUUUUUCCAAAAUUCACAUUGUUAAAUAAAAUAUUUUGGGCUCUCAAGUAA